AUGACGUAUGGCAGUGAUCAGGACGCUGGUAUGGGGUAUGGCAGUGGUCAGGUUGCUGGCAUGACGUAUGGCAGUGAUCAGGACGCUGGUAUGGGGUAUGGCAGUGGUCAGGACGCUGGUAUGGGGUAUGGCAGUGAUCAGGACGCUGGUAUGGGUUAUGGCGGUGAUCAGGACGCUGGUAUGGAGUAUGGCGGUGAUGAGGACGCUGGUAUGGGGUAUGGCAGUGAUGAGGAUGCUGGUACAGGGUAUGGCAGUGAUCAGGAUGCUUUGUAUGGUGUAUGGCAGUGAUCAGGAUGCUGGUAU